AUGCCGACAGCCUGCACUUCCGGGCUUGGAGAGGAAAUGCCAAUCUCUGUUUCAGUGCCUGUUCCUCUCAGCGCCUGUUCCUCUGAAGACACACAGGGCUGCAAUUCUCCUGUCUUUGCUGUAAACACAGAGACGAAAGGAAAGAACGCUUGGUAUAAGGCUGUGAUCAUCAUCACGGUGCUUGGUAUCACAGCGAUAGUUGCCCUGGUGACAACAGCAGUAUUGCAGAACAAGCCUCUCCUACAGAAGUACAAGUAUGGGAUCGUCCUGGAUGCUGGCUCCUCACAUACAGCAGUGUAUAUCUACGAGUGGCCAGCAGAGAAGGAUAACGACACCGGAAGAGUGCAGCAGACACACUCCUGCAAAGUCCAAGGUGCUGGUAUCUCCAGCUACUCUGUGCUUCCAGGGCAGGCAGGGGCGUCUCUGAAGAGCUGUAUGAAGGAAGCAGAGAGCCUCAUCCCCCUAAGCAGGCACCACGAGACCCCCCUCUACCUGGGGGCCACCGCCGGAAUGAGGCUGCUCAGGAUGGAAAACCAGAGCUUGUCUGAUCAGGUGCUUUGGUCGGUAGAGGAGGUGUUGCGGUCCUCUCCGUUCUCCUAUCAGGGCGCUCGCAUCAUCACAGGCCAGGAGGAGGGAGCCUUCGGCUGGGUCACUGUGAACUACCUGAGUGACCGACUGAAACAGGUGAGAACAUUCUCGUUCGUGUUUAAACACUGCUCAUCCAUAAUGUUUGCACCCCGGUAACGAAUGCAGGAUAUGGCUGGAAAACGUACCUCAUUCCAG